CAAUGCCUUUACGAUGAUCUUACGAAGCAACUAAAUCCACUUCUUUGUAAAAUAUUAUAAAAUUUGUGGCUUGCAUCAAGAUUUACAGCAUACAUCGUCUUUAGGAAGGAAUAUUUGAAUAAUAGGUCAUGAAGUCACCACAAAUCCAAGUUAGUUUUCUUGUCAUUAUCGGCGCAUUUAACAUCGCGUUCUGUAUUCCGAUUGAGGAAAAGCCUCAUGUGAACAAACGGGCGCGAAGAGACAGCAUAGAAGAUUAUUACUCGAACGAUAACUUACCCCUUGGUUAUUUCAUCAACGGAGCGGACGCUGACGAUACUGCUGACCAAAAACCGUCCGCGGCCCUCUUCGCAGGAAGUGGGUUCAGAGACUCCGGUUCUGGAUCGAAGAGACGACACGCAAGGUUUGCCGCAGGAAGCGGGUUCGGAGACUCCGGUUCUGGAUCGAAGAGACGACACGCAAGGUUUGCCGCAGGAAGCGGGUUCGGAGACUCCGGUUCUGGAUCGAAGAGACGACACGCAAGGUUUGCCGCAGGAAGUGGGUUCGGAGACGCCGGUUCUGGAUCGACUAAGCGACACGCAAGGUCUGCCGUCCCGGGAAAACCUAAGGUAUAAUAACGUGCGAAGGCGAGAAGGAAUGGCUCGAGUGUGACAAAUACCAACUCGUCAACAUCAAAUCGCCAUUCUGAUUGUCAUAAAAGUUGCGCAAAAAGUAAAAUACUUGUUAUUGCCAAAAUGUAAAAUAGUUGUAAAUUGUAGAUCACGAGAGGAUGAAUAGAUUGUCAAUAGAUUGUGGAUU